AUGCCUUCCCGACGUCCAAAAGUCAUGAUUCUUAUAUGGAAAGAUAGAUAUUUGAGUCAUGACCCGCGGCGAAGUGGAAAGAGGUCAUUUGGAUCACUCGUUGGACCGGAACUUAUUUUCUACCAAGACAUGUCCGACGAGCGCCUAAGUAGAGCCCAUGGAGACUUUGAUGGAUCAAGAGGCCCGACCGCGCCCAAGGCCUUGGCUCAUCUUGACACUAGCAUAACUCAAUCCAGAAGCUUCCAUUGGCCUGAACGCGGCCCAUUCAAGAACUUGGAGAGCAAGCUCAAGCGGCUAAAGAGAAAUGGAAACUUUCCUCUUCUGCGCGCGCUCAACUUUGCCGACCUAGACCCGCUCUCUACCUAUAUAUACUUGCUUUUAGCCUCUUGUAAUCACCAGCCGCAUAACAAGAAACAUUAUUCAAUAAAGUUCGGAGCCACUUAG